CGACAAGGACGGUGUUAUAAUAUGUGCGUCCUUCACUUUGAUGUACUCACUGCCUGACGAAAACGUUUGAAAUUUUUGGAUCACGCUAACAUCUCAAAGCUACUGUUAAGGCGUUUAUGGAGUGUCAUAAUUAUAGCAGCUUUUGAGAGCAGGAAAACCUUGCAGGAGCAGCUGCCAUAUUUCUUGUAAGGUAACCCUUGCCUUACCUUUGUGGAAUCUUGCCCUGAGUCAGGUGGAAAUGGCAGCUCCAAACUCUGCAGAAAGAAAGGCCUGCUGGGAUGCCAGGGACCUGCUCUGGAAAUGUCUGGAUGACAACAAUGACAACAUUGCAGCUUGCCAGAGCUUCAAAAGCGAGUUUGAUAGAAACUGUCCUGCUCAGUGGGUCAAGUAUUUCACAAAGAGAAGAGACUUCUUGAAAUACAAGGAAAAGUUGCAGACAGAUGGCUUCACACCUGCUGAAGGCCCACAGCAGGCCUCCUAACCACCAGACAGAGGACAAUGAAAAGCUGCAAACUGGCCUACUUCUAGCCUUUUUGAUAUGUGAAGCAUCUGGAGAGAUUUCUUAUCUUACUACAGGAAGACUGUUUGACUAUGUCAUCGUCCAUGAGCUACAUUCACAUUUAUUUAUUUGUACAGAGAUAAUACUAAUGAAAAAGUGAAUGUUUGCUCCUCCACAUGGCACGUAUUGUAAGAUUCACUAAAAUCUGUUAUGACAGUGUCUAGCCUGGUAUGUCUGCAACUCCGUAAGAAGACAAUCAGGGUAAAGGCUGAAUUAUGCUGCACUUCAGCCAGUUCCUGAUAUUUGAAAAUAAGACAUAGUUUUUUACUUUGGAUUACUUUGAACAUGUUAAACUGAUGUGAUUUUCUGCGUGUCUGUUGAGUGUAAUUCCUCUGCUACCAUUUGUUUCUGUGUUCUCUGUGCCCUGAACAACAGAUUUCUUAUGCCUUCGUGUGGAUUGACCCGUUCAAUCACUGCUGGAACUUACUCGGUCAUCUGUAGUACAGUGCCUGAACUGGGCAAAAUCUAAAAUUGUGAUAAUGGUUUGUGGUGUCAUUUUCAAAUAAACCAAACUCAGAGGUUUUAGAGGUUUUAUUAUUUUACACACAACAUUUUAUAAUCCUACUCUAGUUGGUUUUUGAAGUGGAUAUGAAUGAACUAUCAAGGUAAACAGAUAAUUUGGGAAUAAAACAGCUCAUUCAGAAACAGGCAUGUGAUCCUUAUAUUACAAAUCUGCACGUAUGUACAAUGGAGUGUGACCCCUGGGUCAAAGGUCACUGUUGAAACAUCACAAAGAUGUAAGAAAUGUUCAGUAGAACUGAAUAAAUUACGUUUGCAAAACAUAGUACCUUCAGAUUCUGUCUACGCUUGGCUGUAUACUUGUUAUGUUGUAAUA